CAGAGAUUUGACCGCGCGCAUCAGUCUUCACCCAACCGCCGGCCGGAUAACACGUCUCCAUGUCACAAUGGAGCAAAACAGCGACAAAACGUCACCGCUCAUGCUGGCCAAGGACGAGAAAGUGGUGGUGCUGCCGGGAAAUGGAAGGAUACUGAUCCGUGAAGAUACCAUGCUGACGAAUCUACACGGGUGCGCUGGGUGCGGGAGGGCACAGUUCACAUGUUCGGGGAUAAAGAAUCAGUGGUCGGUGUUGUGUUGGGGCCAGCAGACUGAUAGAAGAUAUUACUGCUUAAUAACUGUGUUAUCAGCUACAUUCGUUCUCAGCCUUCUCGGGACGAUAUUUUUCUGUUUCACGGACACCAUCAAUGAUGCAAUAAUUUCGAAUAUGGCGAUUCGCAACAACUCUAUAGCAUAUUCAAUGUGGAGGAGACCAACGGUAACACCGCUGAUGAAAGUCCACCUCUUCAACUACACCAAUUGGCAGAGAGUCAGAGACGGUAUUGAUGAAAAACUUCAUCUGGAUGACGUUGGACCUUAUGUUUAUUCGCAGCAACUAGAAAGAGUGAACAUCAAGUUUGAAGGGGACCUCUUAACAUACCAAGAGAGAAAUAAUUUUCAAUUUCUCCCUGAAAGAAGUACAGGUGCCCACUUCGAUCAGGUGUUUGUGCCGAAUCUCCCUUUGCUGGGCGUCGUGUCAAAGAGUCUAAGCCUACAAUACUUCGGUCAGAUUGCUCUUAAAACAACGCUGUCUACGUUUGCCAACCAUAAGGACGCAUUCUUGAAGUUACCAGUUCAAAGGUUUUUAUGGGGUUAUGAUGAUCGCAUUAUAGAUUUAGCCAAGCCAGUGUUAAGUCUACAAGGUCAGCUGAACUUCGACAAAUUCGGUCUUCUUGUAACUAAAAACGGCACAGUAUCCGAUAGACUGACGAUAAACACCGGCGAGAAUGAUAAAGACAAGAUGAAUAUUUUAGAAAAACUCAAUGGCGAUAGACAACUUAAGCACUGGGGAAGCACCGAAUGCAAUAGAAUAGAUGCGUCAGACGGGUCGAUUUUCCCGCCAUCCAUGUUAGAUAAAAAGGACACUCUCCACGUCUUCUACGCGAACCUUUGUAGACGACUACCCUUCAUUUAUGUUAAAGAUGUUGAGAUAGCAGACGGCAUAACACUCUUCCGAUACCGAAUGCCCGACACGGUCUUCGACGACCCCUCCCACUAUCCACCCAACGAGUGCUUCUGCGAGGUCGACACUGGAGAGUGUCCUCCUAGAGGAGUUAUUAAUGUCACCGCUUGCGCUAUGGGUGCGCCAGCCCUAGCAUCAUUUCCACAUUUCCACUUGGGUGAUCCUUCACUUAGAAAGCCUUUCACUGGCCUGGAUCCGAACCCGGAACUGCACGAAUCGUAUUUGGACGUACACCCUACACUUGGCAUUUCUUUGAGUGGUAAAUCUAGCUUACAAAUAAAUAUUCAAGUAAGAAAAUCGAAUCUCUACCCUGCCUUGAGUUUCUUAGAGGAUGGGUUGAUACUACCGGUAGCGUGGAUUGAAAUGACAGUGGAAGAGUUACCCGAAAGCUUACGAUCGCUAGUGUACCACGGCACGUACUCCACAGCGGCAGCACAACUCGGUCUAACCGUAUUCUGUAUACUAACACUUGUAUUAUCCGGUCUAAGUUUGUUUAUUUUAAUGGCAACACGCAGGAAGAAACCGUGCGCCACGCUAAAAGUAGUUCCCGCCGAAACCGAACUGUUUAGUAAUUACACAGAGGAUAAAAUUAAUGUCAAUUAAGUUCUAAAAAAAUCGUUUUCGACCAGUGUUUAGAAUAUCUAUGUUGUAAAUUUAAUUAUAAAUCCCAUUGUUACAGGACAUUGACAUUAAGAUCAGUUGACGUUUUUUUUAUCUUUGACAACGUCCCAAAUGUUGCCAUUAAAAGUAUAAAGUAGAGGUACGGAGAAAUAUUAACAACUUUAAUAGUUUGAAACAGCUAAAAACCCACAUUUAAUUCAAAGCAAAUAUAAGUAAAUACUUACCGUUAUAUAUGAAAAGUUCAAUGUGACAAGGUCAAAUGGAUAUUUUUACAUGGUUUCUUUUCCUUGCCUCUACACUUAGUUUAAGAGAAAUAGUAGAUAAAUUUUAAGAAAACAGGUACAUAUCCACCAAAGCAAAUGAUAGUGAUGAUGCUAGUAAAUAAAUUAUUGAUAUUAUCUUGUGUAAGAGCUUUAUAUAAAUGAAAGAUAUUUUACAAAGGUUUUUUGACUUGUAUAAUAUUAUAACAACUACAUAACACGGACAGUAAGAAGUUUUAAAGGCUGAAGAAUCUCAUUUAAUAUAAUAUUAUAUACAGUAUAUUAAAACAGGAUAUUUAUCAUAAUUUUCCUACCCUACUUAAAAACCUCGUUUAUUUAAAGUAGGUAGGGGAAUCGUUUUUAGUUAUCGGUAUUAACAUUACAAAUCUUUUAAAUAAAAAUUUAUUUUUACGACAUUUUAUAAUUACAUUCCAAAGAAGGUAAUUAAAUUUUUAUCGAG